CAAAGAAAAACGCGUAGUACGCCAGGCGGAGAAAAUGAUUGCGUAAAUUUUUAACUAGGCUUGCAAGUCCGUCGCGUCCACGCUUGAGAGCUUAAAUAUAGUGCAUCGUUUAGUUUUCUAGUCGUGUCUAGUCCUUACUCCUUUGCAGUGAUGUCGUAUACCUUCAAUCCACUCGGUCCUGGUGGACUACAUCCAAUGCAUCCUCUAUUGUCGGCUGGCGGUGGGUUCCUCACUGCACAACAACUCGGUUCCCCCGCAGCCGCAGCUAAUGCGGCACUGUUAGCUGGCAUAAAUAAUAAACCGCUCGAGUUCAAAGUGAAAUCCGCGCAAAAUGGUUCUGGUUCUGCACCAAUGGAGCUGGAAACGGUUGCCGAGCAUGAAACGAUCAAAGACGGUAACACGAUUGCUUCGAUGGAAAAGGCACGAGAAGAAAACCUGAACAAAAAGAUGCUCGAAGAAUUCAACAAACACCAGAACCAACUGCAGCAGCAUGUGGCCGCCAACGGAGGGGAGCUGGUUUUCAAUCAACUGCUCCCGCAGCAGCCACACGGUUUCAUGAUGAUGCCUGGUGUGAUGAACAUGGUGGAUGGCUCUUCGUUGAUCAGCAUGCAACCGUUUCCAAUGAUGGCACCGAACGCAUCGGAUUUAUCGGGAGCGUUGAAUAAUAACACAGUCAAUAAUGUGCCACCAGGAGGUGCAUCCGUGGCCACCAAUGGUACCGGCUCUCCCGAGAAGCCAGCGUCGGCAAAGGAAGUAAUCUACUGCAAAAACUGUACCUUAUUUCCGCCGAAUCCAAAUGCGCCGCCACCAAAGACGAUCGAGCGCCCGCCAGGCUGCCGGACGGUAUUCGUCGGAGGUCUUCCCACCGGGAUGACCGAGGAGGUGAUGCGCGAAAUUUUUGAACGCUGUGGCGAAAUCACCACGCUGCGAUUGUCGAAGAAAAACUUUUGCCACAUCCGCUACGUCUACGAGGCGUCGGUCGAUUCGGCCAUCUAUUUGUCCGGCUAUCGGGUAAAAAUUGGCAGUAAUUUUAGCUAUGGAAAUCCGGAGGCCAAAGAACCGCCCAUUUUUGGCGUACUGCACGUCGACUACGCGCAAGCCCGUGACGAUCAGUACGAAUACGAGUGCAAGCAGCGCAAGUUGCAGCGUGAAAAGCGACACCGGGAACGACUGGAGGAGGACCGGUUCCGGUCACUCUCACCCCAGCCCGUUGUGCAUUACACCGAGCACGAAGCAUCUUCGGUGGCGGAGCGGUUGAAAAACGAUGAAACGUUCGCUAAAGCCGUCCAAACACUCGUCACGUGGCUAGAGCGUGGCGAUUGCAGCAAGAAGAACUCGAACAAUUUCUACUCAAUGAUUCAGAGCACCAACUCGCACGUGCGGCGGUUGCUGAGCGAGAAAGGGGUCUGUGACGAGGAGCUGAAGCGGGCCCGGGAGCAGUACCGGCGGCAAACGAAGACCAUGCUAGCGCAGUUCAGUCAGAUUGAAAAAGUUUUCAAUGCGGCCAGUCACAAGAAGGUUUGGGAUCAUUUUACUAAAGCCCAAAGAAAAAACAUCGAUGCGUGGAAGAAGCAGUCACUGGACAUAAAGUGUGUCCAAUUGGAUGAUUUUCCUGACGACGAUGGGAUGGAUAUGUCCGACGAUGAUCAUUCCGUUUCCUCGCUACCGUUCAAAAAGUCUCGAUGGGAGCAUGAACACAAGGAUCAUACAGGAGAUUCCGAACGAAGUGGUGCCGAUGGCACAGAAUCCACUGUGGUGUCUCACGACGGUGAGCUGAAAAUGAAAAUUCUACACAUCGAAGUGCUGCAGGAAACCAUUCGCAACCUUCAGACGCAGCUGCUGGAGAACAAGGCGAAAGAGACAGAGCGCCAGAAUCGCAUCUGUGAGCUGGAGGACGAGCUGAAGGACGCAAAUGUGAAGCAGCUUUUGUUGAAGACAAAAAUUGCCACCUCCAAGGUGGCCGCUUCGAGUACCGCAAGUAUCUCCUCUAGCAAGGGUGACUCGGAGGGGGAAUCGGAUUACGCGUGUACCAGUGCACCGGAAACCGGCGCCCCAACGGCAGCCGUGUGCAAAGCAACGUCCACGCGAGAUGUCGGUAGUGGUGAAUCGUUUCCACCACCGGUUGCAUCUGAGUUGGGAGCGCCAAACGAGAAGGAGGUCAAGAUGGUAGCUUUUGCCGCAACCUUUAUGAUGAUACACCCACUCGGGGUUCCGCUUGAUCAAGUUUGGGCGUACGUUGGAAGGUACGUGGCGGAAUUGAAACCAAAGGAACUGGAAGACGCUUUCGCCCGCUACCCGCAACUUUUCAAACGAUGUGUCCUAGCGCCGGGAAUGGUUAGUGGGCCGGAUAGCUCAGCGAGUGGCGGAAGCGUAGAACAAAACCAGGACCGUAUUUCUAGUCCAUGGUAUCGAUUCGUCGGCCAUGAAUCGAGCAAUGUAAGGGAUUGAAGUUUCUGGCACUUGUGAAGUGCAAUCCCAGCAAUAAUGCUUUGUAAUGGAUUCUUAAAAUAGUUCAAAGCGCAAUACAAUAAUCUUAACGAAUACAAAGCUAUUAUUUUGUAAGCUAUACAUACAAGUCAACGCACGAUAUCUUACACCAGAGGAUAAUCAUACCGUUCGUACUUAUAAUCAUUUGUUUUCAAUCAUGAAAUGAUUUACCAUCAUUAUUCUAAUUCAAAAUUGUUAUUUUUUGUUAAGUUCCUUUCCGGACUGGAAGCAAAUGAAUCUGUUACCCGUUAUACUUGUUGUUACCUUUGGCACAUUUUAAUGAUUUCGUUACCUUAUACAAUCAGUCACGAGCUAGAGAGGGUUGAUAAUAACUGUACGGUUGUUCUUUGCACAGAAAAAAAAAUCUGCAACAAAUCUUUCAUCGUAGAGAAAAUGUUUUAACAAUUUUAUACUCACCCAAUGAAUACUCAUAAAUCCUUAUAACCAAACUUGCCGUGUUCUUACCGUACAUGUCCAAGGACAUGCGUAGCCAGCUCCUCUGUAUUUACUGAUAUUGUCUUCCUCGUUCGAAAACAUUUCUGUACGUGAGUGAAUCAGAAAAGAAAACAAGCGAAUCGAUAGACUGGUGGGCGGAUAAAGUAUGGCAGGCAGCUUUUAAAAUUAUGACUAUAUGAUAUACAUAUAUACGCAUAAAUGUUUCGAUGACAGUUUUUGGGCAAUGGCUCAUUAGAGGAAACGUUUUUGAUUGACGAUACUCGGUUUCAAUUGAAUUUAAUAAAAGAUAUAAAAAUCAAAUUCAAGCAAAGAUACAGUAAGAAGGAUGAAUAAAGUGUUUAACAAAAUGUCGAACAUAAAUAGGCAGAAUAGGUAGCUCAUGUUCACAGCGUUUGCAUAAAAUGUAAUGGUUUUUAACUAGCAGAAACGAAUAUUUAUUUCAUCUUACAUGUGCGCGCAUGGGCGACGCACUUAGAGACCCUGAAUUUCGGUUAAAGUUAAGCUGUAGUUGUUCCGUAUUGUGACCAAUGCAAAUUAUAUAUCGCUAGAUUGAAUUUAUGUGCCGACAAGUACUCUUAAAGCCCGAUUGUUCAGGCGAUGUGUUACCAAGCUUUUCGAUUUUUGCAAUACUCCAUAGAAUAAGCAGUAUUCGCAGCAGCUUGCCCUUAACCAUUUUAAAGUUCACCAAAAAGAAUUGCAAGUUUGUGACAUUCAUUUAUUUAUUAAAAAAAAGAUAACUCUACGUACAAACAUAGUUAUCAUGUUAAUUCAUGCGUAAUCGCACGGUUUACGUAACCUUCGUUUUAAUACACCUAGACAACUAAUACUCAUUUUAAUGUUCUGCUAAGCAACUCAAGAUUAACGUCACGUAUGCGUUCUCCUAUCGCAAUCGUCAUGGUAAUUAUUGAUUUGUUACAUAACAAAAUAGUACUCGAACAACCAUACGACGUACUUCAUAGCACGGUAGCGAAAAUACUUAUAAAAUCGUUUUAUCCACUUUAUUGUCAAUUAUCGUACCUACUAAUAGAGGAAAACAAAGCAAAGUAAAUAUUAUAAGUAAUUACAAAAAAAAACACGAAAGCGAUUCGCCCAGUGGAGGGCGAGACUGCUUUCUUAAGAGUGAGAACAAAAUGAAA